AAAAAAACCAUACUAAAAAAAUGCUCAAUCUUUUCUUCUCUCAAAAUUAUACAUAAUGCUUCUUUUAAAUAUACUCAUAUUGUCGAAAUUUCGAAUAUCAUAAAUUCAUAAUACUGAAAAUGUUAAUUCAAUCGGCUCGUGGCCAGAUUUAUACCAUACUUCAAUCGAAAUCAAGGAAAAAUGUGUAAAAUGGACAAGUUUCUUUACCACAGGAAACUAUGGGAGAUGAAUGUUAAGCUUUUAGGAGAGAGCAAGGUUGAGAAACUCAAGAAUUCUUUUGUUUCGAGGCCUCGUAUGAGCUUAUGGAUGAUUCGUGCUGUUACUGUAUUGUUGCUUUGGAGUUGUUUCGUUCAUUUGAUGGCUUUGGGAGAGAUGUGGGGACCAAGAUUGUUUAAAGGUUGGCCUUCUUGUUUCAAUCACCAUGAACUGUCCACUGCCGCAGAGAUGACGUCUCUUCCCACUAAAAUCGUUCUUCCACCUAAAAGGGUAUAUGUGAACAAUGGUUAUCUUAUGGUUUCCUGCAAUGGAGGACUCAAUCAAAUGCGAGCAGCUAUAUGUGAUAUGGUAACUGUUGCAAGAUACAUGAAUGUCACACUUAUUGUGCCGGAGCUUGACAAGACCUCGUUUUGGAACGAUCCAAGUGAGUUUAAAGACAUAUUCGAUGUGGAUCACUUCAUAAGUUCGUUAAGAGAUGAAGUUCGGAUACUCAAAGAGUUACCUCCAAGGCUUAAGAAAAGGGUUGAGCUUGGAAUGUACCACGAAAUGCCUCCUGUUAGUUGGUCAAACAUGUCUUACUACCAAAAUCAGAUUCUUCCACUGGUGAAAAAACAUAAGGUUUUACAUCUGAACAAAACGGAUACUCGACUCGCUAAUAAUGAACUGCCUGUGGAGGUUCAGAAGCUGAGGUGCCGAGUAAAUUUCAACGGGCUUAAGUUUACUCCUCAGAUUGAGGAAUUAGGUAGACGAGUAGUCAAGAUUCUGAGAGAGAAAGGUCCCUUUCUUGUCCUGCAUCUCAGAUAUGAAAUGGAUAUGUUAGCAUUUUCUGGUUGUUCCCAUGGUUGCAACCCAGAGGAAGAAGAAGAACUAACAAGAAUGAGAUAUGCUUAUCCUUGGUGGAAAGAGAAAGUCAUAAACUCUGAGCUGAAAAGGAAAGAUGGCCUUUGCCCUUUAACUCCUGAGGAAACUGCUCUCACGCUGACUGCGUUGGGUAUUGACCGAAAUGUUCAAAUAUACAUAGCUGCUGGAGAAAUCUAUGGUGGUCAAAGGCGGAUGAAGGCUUUAACAGACGCUUUUCCGAAUGUGGUCCGGAAAGAAACCCUACUCGAAUCCUCUGAUCUGGAUUUUUGCCGGAACCAUUCAUCUCAAAUGGCUGCACUUGAUUACCUAGUGGCUCUUGAGAGCGAUAUAUUUGUUCCAACCAAUGAUGGGAACAUGGCAAGAGUCGUUGAAGGUCAUCGCAGAUUCUUGGGGUUCAAGAAGACAAUCCAGCUGAAUAGGAAGUUCCUAGUUAAGCUGAUAGAUGAAUAUACUGAAGGAUUGUUGAGUUGGGAUGUAUUUUCAUCCACGGUGAAGGCCUUUCACUCUACUCGAAUGGGAAGCCCUAAGAGACGGUUAGUGAUUCCCAAUAGACCGAAGGAAGAAGACUACUUCUACGCCAACCCACAAGAAUGUCUGCAGCUGUUAGAUGAACCAUUGAGAGUCAUUUGAGGAUGUGACUUCACCACUGGCGAGAGAACAGCUUGAAUAUCGGCUCUAAAGCUUUAAUUUACUACAGUCUGAAAGAUGAAUUUACAGUGAGUUUUACAGAUUGAAGUUAUUUAGUGUUCUUGGUAUAGAGAUUUCUGAAAGAGCUUCCAUGGAGAGAGUAGAAAUGUUGAUUAAAGCUUACAUUGUAAAGUUUGGCAUCCAUGGCCUUGCCAGUUUUGUUAGCUAAAUAAUAAGCCAUUUUGUGUAAUUAAAACCUUGGUUACAGU